UCUGACUUUUACAAAAUGGUCAAAUGUCAAAGUAUUUUUUCGAAAAUUGUGAAUGUAUGAAUUAAGGGUGUUUUAAUUCUGAUAUGUAAUGUAAAGCAUAUGCAUCAAUGGCUGCUUCUAUUGAAAUUCCCCUUCGUGAUACGGAUGAAGUAAUCGAACUGUAUGCAGAUCAAUUGCCUGAUGGAGAUGAAGUUCUUGGGAUUUUACGCCAAGAAAACACCCAAUUAUCAAUAUGGGUUAAUCUUGCUUUGGAGUACUAUAAGCAGGAAAAGAUUGAAGAUUUCAUCAAAAUACUGGAAGCCUCCCGGGUAGAUGCAAACAAAGACUACAGGGACUAUGAGAAAGAUCAAAUGCGAGCCCUGGAUAUGCUUGCUGCAUAUUAUGUGCAGGAAGCAAAUAGGGAAAAAAACAAGGAUAAAAAGAGGGAACUAUUCACCAAAGCCACACUUCUCUAUACCACAGCAGACAAAAUCAUAAUGUAUGAUCAGAAUCACUUGCUGGGACGUGCUUACUUUUGUCUUCUGGAAGGAGAUAAAAUGGAGCAGGCAGACGCCCAGUUUAAUUUUGUACUGAAUCAGUCGCCAAAUAACAUACCAUCACUGUUGGGAAAAGCGUGUAUUGCCUAUAAUAAAAAAGAUUACAGGGGAGCUUUGGCUUUUUACAAGAAAGCGCUGAGAAUGAAUCCUAACUGUCCUGCAGCUGUUCGAUUAGGUAUGGGUCAUUGUUUUAUGAAGCUUGGCAACCAGGAAAAGGCCAGACUUGCAUUUGAAAGGGCUCUGCAACUUGAUCCAAAAUGCGUUGGAGCUCUGGUGGGCAUAGCAAUUUUGAAACUGAAUUUACAACAGCCGGAUUCAAUUAGAACAGGUGUUCAAAUGUUAUCCAAAGCGUAUACCAUUGACUCUUCAAAUCCUAUGGUUCUGAAUCAUUUGGCCAAUCAUUUUUUCUUCAAGAAGGAUUAUAACAAAGUGCAGCAUCUGGCUCUACAUGCAUUUCAUAAUACCGAAAAUGAGGCAAUGCGUGCAGAAAGUUGUUAUCAGUUGGCGAGGGCUUUUCACGUUCAAGGCGAUUUUGAUCAGGCCUUCCAGUACUAUUAUCAAGCAACUCAGUUCGCCCCUGCAGCAUUUGUUUUACCACACUUUGGAUUGGGGCAAAUGUACAUUUAUAGGGGUGAUACAGAAAAUGCAGCUCAAUGUUUCGAGAAAGUGCUGAAAGUACAGCCUGGAAACUACGAGACAAUGAAAAUAUUGGGUUCACUUUAUGCCAACUCCUCGUCUCAAUCAAAGCGCGAUAUAGCCAAAAAUCACCUGAAGAAGGUGACCGAACAAUUUCCGGACGACAUUGAAGCUUGGAUAGAACUAGCCCAAAUUUUGGAACAGUCCGACUUACAUGGAUCUCUGAGUGCUUACGGUACUGCCAUUCAGAUUUUGAAGAAGGACGUACAGGCUGAAAUCCCCACGGAAAUCUUGAACAACGUCGGGGCCCUUCAUUACAGGUUGGGUAAUCUAGAGGAUGCCAAGAAGAAUUUAGAAGAGGCCCUUGGGCGGGCCACUUUGGAAGCCGAGCACGAUGCUCAGUACUACAAUUCCAUUUCUGUCACCAUAACCUACAACCUGGCUAGACUGAACGAAGCACUCUGCUUAUUCGAUAAAUCUGAAAAGUUGUACAAGGAUAUUCUCAAAGAACACCCCAAUUACGUGGAUUGCUAUUUGAGAUUGGGAUGUAUGGCGAGGGACAAAGGGCAUAUCUAUGAAGCUUCCGAUAUGUUUAAAGAAGCCCUUAAGGUCAAUACCGAACAUCCUGAUGCGUGGUCGUUGCUGGGAAACCUUCAUUUAGCUAAAGCAGAGUGGGGUCCAGGACAAAAAAAAUAUGAACGAAUACUAAAGAAUCCUGCGACAUCCCAAGACUCAUACUCACUGAUAGCUCUCGGUAAUGUUUGGUUGCAAACUCUCCACCAGCCAUCCAGAGAUAAAGAGAGAGAGAAACGCCACCAAGAAAGGGCCCUCUCAAUGUUCAAGCAGGUCUUGAAAAUCGAUCCCAAAAACAUUUGGGCAGCUAAUGGCAUCGGAGCAGUUUUGGCACACAAAGGAACCAUCAACGAAGCAAGAGAUAUAUUCGCUCAGGUUAGAGAGGCAACGGCUGACUUUUGUGACGUUUGGUUGAAUAUCGCUCACGUAUAUGUCGAACAGAAACAGUUUGUCAGCGCUAUUCAGAUGUAUGAGAACUGCUUGAGAAAGUUCUACAAAUAUAACAAUGUAGAAGUGCUUCAAUAUCUAGCUAGAGCCUACUUCAAAGCUGGCAAGUUGAAGGAAGCUAAGAUGGUUCUGCUGAAAGCUCGUAGAGUUGCGCCUCAAGACACCAUUCUUUUGUUCAAUAUAGCCCUGGUAUUACAGAGACUCGCAACUGUCAUUUUGAAAGACGAUAAGUCGACUCUUCAAACGGUCUUGCAGGCCGUACAUGAGCUUGGACUCUCAUUGAAGUAUUUUAGUUACCUUUCAGAAGUUGGCGACAAACUGAGGUACGACGUUACACUAGCAACCAUGGAAUCCAGGCAAUGCAAAGACCUACUCUCUCAAGCCCAGUAUCACGUUGCUAGAGCGAGAAGAGUAGACGAAGAGGAGAGGGUACUUAGAAGGAAACAGGAUGAAGAACGUACGGCUUUCAAAAUGCGACAAAUGGAACACAUGAAAAAAGUGGAAGAAGAGAAACGCGUGUCCCACGAACAGAUGCUACAGAAACGUCAAGAGUACAAAGAGAAAACUAGAAAUGCGGUUCUCUUCCUAGAGAUUCCCCCGGAAAAGAAAAAAAUGAAAGGGCGCAGGGAACCCCAGUAUCUGUCAGAUUCCGGUAGCGAACCAGAACGUCCACGUGGCGAGAGUUCUGAAAAUAAUGAAAGGAGCCGAAAGAGAAAGAGAAGCGGUGAUCGCAAAAAGAAAUCUUCAGGACGUGAAAAGAAAGAAUCUUCUAAAGGAAAAAAAAAGGUCAAAGAAGCCAAGCCUAAAAACAAAGAUGACGGUCUUAGUGCGAAGCAAAAGAGCAGAAUUGUGUCCAAGGCAACAAUAUCUACCAGCGAAGACGAUAGCGAUGAUAAUAAACUAAAAAUCGCUAGUGAUGAUAGUGACAGAGAGCGUCAUAAGAAGAAGAGGAGAAUAUCAUCAGGUUCAGACUCAAGCAGAUCUAGAAGUCGGUCCAAAUCAAACAGCAGAUCAAGAUCAAGGUCUAAGAGCGACUCACGGUCCAGAUCUAGAUCAAAGUCUGGAAGUAGAUCAAGGUCAAGAUCCAAAUCACAUUCCAAGUCCAGAAGUAGAUCUGGAUCUGAAUCCAGCAACACAUCAAAAUCUAAGAAUGCACCUAAGAGAUCUAAGUUAAGAUCUAGAUCAAGGAACACGUCUAUCUCAUCCAGAAAAGGUUCUAAAUCAAGGUCUAGAAACAAUUCAAGAACUAGGAUUAAAUUCAGAUCAAAGUCAAGAUCCAGAUCUGUAGAGAGUGUGUCGAAAUUCAGAAACAGGUCCAAGUCUAGGAGUAGAUCAAAUUCAAAGUCUGUAUCUAGAAGUAGAUCAAAGUCUAGAUCUGCAAACAGACAUAAAUCAAAAUCUCGAUCCAGGAGCGGAUCCAAAUCGAUAUCUGUGUCUAAAAAUAGAUCAAAAUCUAAGUCUGGAUCCAGAAGUAGGUCCAAAUCGAGGUCUAGAAGUAGAUCAAAGUCCAAAUCUAGACGUAGCUCAAAAUCUAGAUCUAAAAGUAGAUCAAAGUCUAGAUCUAGAAGUAGAUCGAAGUCUAAAUCAAAGUCUAGAAGCCUGUCUAAGUCAAAAUCCAGGUCAAGGAGUCCAUCUAAAUCAUUAUCCAAAAGCAGAUCAAGAAGUAGAUCGCAAUCUACCAGUGAAAAAGGUUCGCGAGCAGCUUCUCCUGAUAAAAGUGGCUGAAAUGUUCGUUACUGUUUUAAUAUUAAGCAUAAGUAAUUAUGCUUUUAUUCAGUUUUGUUGUUAGCAGUUAUACAUUGUUCUAGUUAGUAAGUGUUGAAGUAAAAGAGAAAAUUUAAACUGAUUGAAACCAAAGAAAUAAUGUUAUUUCACGAAUUUAAAUUCCUAGUCGAUAUGUAGGUAUUUUAUUUUACCUUACAUUCUGAUACUUUUCGUUAUUAUUUUGUUGUUCAUCAAUUGAUAUUUUAUUUAUGUUUGAUGAUUAUUUAUAAAUAUGAAUUUAUCUUUCUGACUGUGUUAUUGUUAUUGAGAAUGUGCUUAAGAAACGUUCCUUUUUUUUUCAGAAAUAUUCCUUUGAAUAUAGGGUUUAUAGGGCAUUUAAAGUGUUCCUCUUUUGAUUUUCAACUGGAUAAGACAGGUUUAAUUUUGGAACUAGACUAGUUGUUCCUCCAUUAUUAAUGCCAUAAUUUCCAGAUGAACAAUAAGUAUCAUGAUUUCAAUAAAAAUUCUAUUCAAAACUUGA